CAGUGUGCCCCCAGGAGGGGACCCAGGACAGCCCCGGCCCCCCCGGUGUCCCCCCAGGGUCUCCCUGCUGCCCAGGCGGCCUUGACCUCCCAGCUGGGCCUACGUCAGCUGAGGAGCAGUCUCAGUAUUGUCUGUUCAACAGUCUCCACCUGUCUGCUGCUGACGGCUGGACUAUGAAGUUCUUCAUAGAGGACACACCAGAGACCCCUGGACAGCGCACCCUGCUGGUGAGGCAGAGCAUCCCGGCCUGGCAGGAUGGGGUUGCCGUGGCGAUGCCUGCGGAGCUGUCCCGUGUGGUCACGGGCCAGGGAGCCGUGGUCAGACACAUGACAGACGGGUCCACCGAGGUGCUGUUUCCAGAUGGAGCGGUCUCCUUCAGCCCAGACUCUGGCCCCGUCUGGCCGCCGCUCUCUGAGCACCAACAGGAAGAGGCUGAGGUGAACACUGCGGCAGACGGCUCCACCCCCCCCGGUCGAGGACGCUGGGUCACCACAGCCCCCUCGGGUGCCAGGGUCUGCACGGUGGGCAGCACCCAUGAACACAUCCCCACGGCCGCACUGCUCUCUGUGCACGCCACGGACCCCCUCAGCCAGGCUGUGAUGCUGACGCGACAGGACCGCGUGGUACGUGUUCAGGAACCGGACGGAACCCUGACUGUGGAACACGCAGAUGGAACCAGAAUCACCAGCUUCUACCAGGGGAAGAACUCCUACCAGGGUAAGAACUCCUACCAGGGUAAGAACUCCUACCAGGAGAGCUCCUACCAGGGAAAUAACUCCUACCAGGAGAGCUCCUACCCGGGUAAGAACUCCUAGCAGUGGAAGAACUCCUACCAGGGGAAGAACUCCUACCAGGAGAGCUCCUACCAGGAGAAGAACUCCUACCAGGGGAAGAACUCCUAC